GCCGUUAGUUUCCUCAGCAGGAACAGAGACGGGACGUUGGUGGGUGUGACAGCUGAAGUUUGCUGCGCUGUUCCGUGACGUGGAACAUAACCAAAGUCCUCCUGCUGCAGCAGCCUUCAGACACCAAACUACACAGACAUGUCGUUCAUACACUAAUCUGACUGUUGACAGACCAGCAGGUCCAGCUCCCGCUCCGAGGCUGGAACAGAGCCGUGUCCCACACACACAAACACACACAGACCUGGGCGCCCUGGGAGAAGGGAUGAUGCUGCAGAGGCCGUCAGCAGACAGCAGUGGCCCCGGGUUCACUCCUCUGGUGGUGGUGGAGCUGGCCUCAGACACUAAGGAGGAAGCCAUUGCAUGGCUGUUGAGCAGGAUAAGAGACCAGCAACACAAUGGAGGUGCUGAGCUGCUAGUGGAGCAGCUGGGCCCUGGUGUCGAGGGUCAAGAGAAGGAAAACCCAAACAUGUUUGUGGUGGGGGCUUCCUGGCAGAGGCUUCUCUCUGGUGCUGAGGAUGUUGGCCUCUUCAAGGAGUUCAGUGAUGGAUCCAUGAGAGGCUUCACCUGUGCCAACAAACACAACUUCAAAGACUUUAAAGGGGAUGGAGAUGACUUCCUUAGCAUGGCUGAGUGUCAGUACAUCAUUAAACACGAGCUGGACACAUUAAGAGCCAAAGAUGAAACUCAUGUACCAGGAUACACCCAGGUCAAACUCUACCCUGGGAAAUCUAUCAUUCGCAGACUGCAGUCCAAAGGAAUCCUGAUCCAAUUUUUUCCUCUCCAUGAAAAAGAGGAACUUAAGAGACUGUCUUUUUCUUGGUACAAAAAGAUGAAGUUAUCCUUUCAGCCUCUUGAUGACAUCAGACACUACUAUGGUGAAGGCCAGGCCCUCUACUUUGGCUUCCUGGAGUACUUUACCAUUGCUCUGGUGCCUAUGGCCCUCAUUGGAGUACCUUACUACCUGUUUGACUGGGAGGACUAUGACAAAUAUGUGGUCUUUGCUGUGUUUAACUUGAUCUGGUGUACUGUUAUUCUGGAGUUAUGGAAGCGGUGCAGUGCAUCACUGGCCUACAGCUGGGGCACACUGAGCAGGAAGAAAGCCUUUGAAGAACCCCGGCCUGGUUUCCACGGUGUCCUUGGGUUCAACCCUGUGACGGGCCGCGAGGAGCCUCUCUAUCCCAAUGCCAAGAGGCAGCUGCGUAUCUACCUUGUGUCCCUGCCCUUUGUCCUGCUCUGCCUCUACCUGUCUCUCUACGUCAUGAUGAUCUACUUUCAGAUGGAGGGAUGGGCACUGUCAGUCUAUGAUGAGGAGCCCACAUUCUGGACAGGAAUACUGCUGUUCAUUCCCAGUAUUAUCUAUGCUGUGGUCAUAGAGAUUAUGAAUCUCAUCUACAGAUAUGCUGCUGAGUUUCUAACAGAGUGGGAAAAUCACAGGCUAGAGUCUUCGUAUCAGAAUCACUUGGUUCUCAAAGUGUUAGUAUUCAACUUCUUCAACUGCUUUGCCUCGCUGUUCUACAUUGCCUUUGUAAUGCAGGACAUGGUGCUGCUCAGACAGAGUCUGGCUACCCUGUUGAUCACCAGUCAGAUCUUGAAUCAGUUCAUGGAGGCCUUCCUGCCCUACUGGCUCCAGAGGCGACGCAACAAGAAGAUGAUCCACAAAGUGCGCAAGAGAAGAACUCUGGAGGACAAAGAGCUUCCUCUGGCUGAGCAGGUCCGGCUGGAAGCCGAAAUGAGCACGUACUUGGGAACAUUUGAUGACUACCUGGAGCUGUUCCUGCUGUUUGGUUACGUCAGUCUGUUCUCGUGCGUCUACCCUCUGGCUGCCGUCCUUGUGGUGUUGAACAACGUCACUGAGGUUUACUCUGAUGCCUUCAAGAUGUGUCACGUGUUCAAACGACCCUUCUCCGACCCAGCAGCAAACAUAGGAGUCUGGCAGCUCGCCUUUGAGGCCAUGAGUGUGAUAGCUGUUGUGACUAACUUUGCGCUGAUCGGCAUGUCUCCACAAGUCAAGGCUUACUUCCCCGAAUCAGAGACACAGCUCAUACUCUGGACAGUGGCUAUUGAGCAUGGACUACUGGCCUUCAAGUUCAUUCUGACCUUCCUCAUCCCAGAUGUUCCCAAACACAUCCAGAUCAAACUGGCCCACUUGGAGUUUGAAUCAUUGGAGGCCCUCAAGAAAAAGAGACAGCUCCAUGGAGGAAAAUGCUCGAGGCCUCGGAGCUCACCAAGAUGGUGCAGUGAGGAGGAGAGGAGAGCCUACACGUACUGACGGACCUCCAACCCGCUUCACUCAGCUUUAACACAUCAUAGUGUUUUUUUUUUUACACUGACACACAUUCACAUGUAUGUAUUAUGUAUGUAUUAUUGUUUACCUGCAGCAUCUUCACAGCAUCAGUGAAGUUUGUGGUGAGAAUGGGGCAGACGGUGGUUCACACAGCUGUGUGUUCUGAAUGACAUGUACUGUAAUAAGGUUUUAUUUUGGUGUGGUGUAAACAUGGGAUAAAUGAAUUGAGUUUGGUAAAAGGUAUGUGUUGAUUCACAGAGGAAUGCUGGAUUAUAACAUAAUAUACUGGAGCAAAUAUUGAUUUUAUAUCUGAGACUGUUAAUGAAAGCAGUUCUGUUUGGUACACGGUCUGCUCUGUAGUCACUUUGGGUUUGGUUCAGUGCAAGUUUUUAAAGUUUGCCCACCUGCAGUUACACAGUAAAAAUACGUCACCAAAGCCUCCACCCAAUAACCUGCUGGCUCAUAGUAUAACUGAUGCUAAAGGUCUUUCAGUAUUACAGCUGCUCAUAACUAAUUUAAAGUUGUUUUUUUAAAGAGCUCAUAAAUUCAGGCAGACCUGACUGGAAUUGAUCAGGACGAUGAGUGACUCUCGACUUUUCUGCCUGAACUUGUGAACAUGAAAAAAGUAACAAAACUUGACAUAAGUCGUGAUCAAAUCUCACAAUUAGAUAUUCAGUUUCUAGUUCUUAUUUGUAUCUUUAAAGUAACUAUGGUCUGUGUUUGCUUCAGUAUCCAAGAGACCGUGAUGACAAAAUGUUCACUUGUGUUGUCUCAGCAUGUGAUGUGACCAGGGUAUAAUCUUAUGUAUCAGUUUGUUACUUCCAGUGUGACGAAAAUGACUUGAAGUUUUAAGCCAUGCAUUCUUUCAACACCCCUGGUGCCUUGAAAUGCAUAUUUGUUUUUAUAUGCUCUAAACACACUCCUUUGGUAUUUACGUCUUGAAGAUGUCAUGGAGAAUAAAUUAGAUUGAAACCUCA